AUGGACAAGAAAGCUGGGGUUACGUUACAGUUCGGCCCAGGUGGAUCUGGAGCUGGGAUUGGCAAUUUUUUAGAAAUUGGGCCAUUGGACGUAUGUUUGAAGCCCAGAAACUCAACAUGGCUGAAAAAAGGAGAUUUAUUGUUUGUGGAUAACCCAGUUGGGACAGGAUAUAGUUACGUGGAGGAUACAAAUUUACUUGUGAAAACUGACGAUGAGAAUGCUGCUGACAUAACUACACUUUUGAUUCAAGUUGUCAACAGCCAAAAGAGUUUACAAAACAGGCCUCUUUAUAUAGUGGGAGAGUCUUAUGGAGGAAAAAUUGCUGUUACUCUUGCUUUAUCAGCUCUAAAAGCAAUAAAGAAUGGAACAUUAAAGCUAAAGUUAGGAGGAGUUGCAUUGGGAAACUCUUGGAUCUCUCCAAUAGAUUAUGUGUUUUCAUGGGGCCCUCUGUUAAGUGAUGUCUCAAGGCUCGACAACAAUGGCCUACUUGAGUCAAACAGUGUAGCGAACCAAAUAAAGCAACAACUCGACGCUGGCAAAUUUGCGGAGGCAACUGGUUCUGUUGACAAGCUUCAAGAUGUCAUCAUUCAAACCAGCAAUGCCGUGAAUAUGUACAAUUUUUUGUACGAUCAGUCAAGUCACUCCUCAUCAUCUCAAUCAACCUCAGAAUUUAAUUCAGAAAAAAUGCGGAUGAAAGGAUACUCAAGAUAUUUGAAUUCAUUGGCAACUACUUCCUGUGACGGUGAUCUUGAUACUGUAUUGAAUUAUCUUCAUACUCUAAUGAAUGGUAAGAUAAAGCAGAAGCUCAAAAUCAUCCCAGAGAGUCUUAAAUGGGAACUCCUAGCCAAUCCCGUUUACGAAGCAAUGGCAGGAGAUUUCAUGAAACCAAGAAUAGAAGAGGUUAAUCAACUUCUAGCACAAGGAGUCAAUGUCACCAUAUAUAAUGGUCAAUUGGACGUCGCUUGUGCAACCAAGGGAACAGAGGCUUGGGUUCAAAAGCUCAAGUGGAGUGGGCUCAACAGAUUCUUGCUCACGAAAAGAAAUCCAUUUUAUUGUGGGGUUGAUCCAACGUCCACUGCCGGUUUCGUUAAAUCAUAUAACAAUUUGAAGUUCUAUUGGAUUCUAGGAGCGGGUCAUCUG